UCAUCAGCAUCUCCGCCGUCUCCACCAGCAGCACCGCUGUCGCAGUGGACGGGAGGGAAGGAAAAAAGCCCCCAAAACAUUGCGUGCUGUUUGUUUAUGUUUUAACAUGAGGACCAGAUUCAACUUCGCGCUUAUGCUGUGGGCUUUUCUGCUACUUGUCUGUAUUGAUGCGACCGUCUCUGACCAGGAGGUAAAUGAAGCCUCGUGUGGCCCCCCGUUGUGUGAAGGUGAAGGAGACUGCUACACUCUGCAGCCACAGGAUGCUAUCACAGAUAUAUCGUUCCCAACCGAAGGGCGCUGUCAACCCAAUCCGUGCCACAAUGGUGGUGCCUGUGAAACCACGAGCGACCGCGGGGAGAUUGUCCUGGGCUAUGUGUGCGUCUGUCUGCCUGGCUUCACCGGAAUCCACUGCCAACACAAUGUGAAUGAGUGUGACAGCGAGCCCUGCCAGAACGGGGGAGUGUGUCAGGACGAGGCAGCCCAGUACACGUGUGUGUGUCCAGCUGAAUACUAUGGUCCCGACUGCCAGCACAGGUGCUCGGGGCCGAUCGGCAUGGAGGGGGGGACGGUGUCUGACGACCAGCUGUCCUCGUCCUCGUCGGACCGCACGGUGUGGGGUCUGCACCGCUGGCUGCCCCAGCGGGCGCGGCUCCACCUCCCAGGGCUGGUCAACGCCUGGAGCCCUGCCGAGAGCGACCUCUGGCCCUGGAUACAAGUGAACCUGCAGCAGCGGAUGCGUAUAACAGGGGUGAUCACCCAGGGGGCUCGGCGGCUGGGGAGGUCAGAGUUCGUUAAAACGUAUCGGGUUGCUUACGGCGACGAUGGAAAAACAUGGAGGAUGAUCAAAGCCAAAGGAAGCAAGGAAGAUAUGCUUUUCCAUGGCAACACAGACAGCAGGUCGUCCAUGGCCAACGCCUUCUCUCCACCAAUCGAAGCCGAGUACAUCCGCAUUUACCCCCAGCUCUGCUGGGGACACUGCACCCUGCGCAUGGAACUGCUGGGCUGUGACCUCACAGGCUGCUCCGAGCUCCUGGGCCUGCGGUCCGGCGAGGUGCACGACUCCCAGCUGUCGGCCUCCACCGUGCACCUCACCCUGGGCAUGGAACUGCUCUCCUGGAGGCCCGAGUACGCCCGGCUGGGCCGCAGGGGCAAGGUGAACGCCUGGGCGGCUGCGCGCAACGACCAGGCCCAGUGGCUACAGGUGGACCUGCUCACCCCCACCGACAUCUCGGGGGUGAUCACCCAGGGAGCCAAGGACUUUGGUCGGGAACAGUUUGUCAGCUCCUACAAGCUGACCUACAGUCAGGACGGCAGAGACUGGACGACCUUCCAGGACGAGGAGCGACACCACGACAAGGUUUUCCAGGGCAACUCUGACAACAAGAGAGCCAAGAAGAACGCCAUCAAGCCCCCCAUACACGCUCGCUUCAUCCGGCUCGUCCCCUGGUCCUGGCACGGGCGGAUCACCGUGAGGAUGGAGCUGCUUAUUUGCCGGGGCGAUGAAUGAAUCCAUCUUGUUUGUUUUUAGAAUUAACAAAGAUUUUGAGCAGUGGUUUGUUUCAGGGAGGUUACUCGCAUUUAUUGACUGUGAAUUAUUUGUGUGCCAUUUUAUUGUUAAUUUUUGCAUUACCAAACGUGUUGUGGAACAUGCUUAUUCAAAACGUAUACUUGAUCUUGUAAUAGUAGGGCUACUGGCCACAGCACUUCACAGUCACCUUUGAACAGAACUGCAUUUACUGUGAUAUGUGAACGAUUCUGGUUCGCAAAACUGUGGUUGACAUUAGUAAAUUGUUAGCACAAAUGUAUAGAUUGCCGGUUAUACUACUUCCUGAAAAUGGUGUUUCUCAGUAUUGUUCUGUGGACCAUUACAUUUGAUAUAAUGUACUCUGCCAAUGAAUAUAUUUGAUUGUAAUACAUGGUGCAUUUGAUACAAAGCCUGUAAAAUACAUUUAAAACAUAUGUCAUUGAUUUCGUUGACCCAUGUCCGAAUGUGAAAUACAGUCAGAAAUAAUAUGUGUUAUAGUGUUUCAUUCUUUAAGCAAACAUUUAAUAUAGUGAAUCCAAAGCAGUUGACAGUGGAGAUGAUUUUGUUAAUGGAAAGGUUUUUAUUGGCAUGUUACUGCCGCCUGCUGGGCAAUUCUAAAAGUGCCUUUUAUCGCAAUAUUUAAAUUCUCACAAACAGAGUAUCCGAUUAACUUGACUUGUCUUGUAAUUAUUGGUCUGAACAACAAGAACGACAUCCUACUCUUAUCACACUCUACUCUCAGUCAGUUUCAGAAUGACUUCCCAACCCCAGCAAACA